ACUAUAAUUAUGUCGUGAUGUUAUUUAUAAUUAUAUAUUACAAAAGUUAGGAACCGUUCUUUCGGGUGUGUUUUGACAGCCGGACUCGAUUUACUGAUGCGAGUGUUUGUUUACUUCCGCUCAAUUGUGCCGUUCUGCUAGUAGCUUUGAAAUGCAGCAGCGGGAGGAGAAGCAGCUGGAGGCGUCUGUAGAGUCUCUGGUCACUCGCGUGGCUCAUCUGAAAGGUUCCCUGCAGAGUUUCAUUUAUAAACUGGAAAAUGAGUAUGAGAGGCUCACGUGGCCCUCUGUGCUGGAUAAUUUCGCCCUUCUGUCUGGGCAGCUGAACACUAUCAACAAGCUGUUAAGAAAUGAGAAGACCCCAUCAUACAGGUCACAGGUCAUCAUACCCCUGCUGCUGUCUCCUGAUCGAGAUGAAGAGCUGGCGAAACUAACAGAGCAGCGAGUGCCUGUGUUCAGCCAUGAGAUCGUGCCGGACCACCUCAGGACUAAACCUGACCCAGAGGUUGAAGAACAGGAGAAACACCUGAGUGCCGAAGCAGCCCGGAUCGGACCUGAAGUAGCUCAGAAACAGAUCCAAACAUUGAAUAAACUUUGCUCGAAUCUUUUGGAAAAGCUGAAUAAUCCUCGUGAUGACAGAGACUCUGAAACAUCAGCUUUAAGACAAAACAAGCCAUCCUCCAAUCCGGCCGACACUAAUGCAUUGGUGGCGGCGGUGGGGUUCGGAAAGGGUCUGUCGAAAUGCAGACCACCUGGACCCGUCGCCCCGGGUCACCCUGGACAGCCGAUGAUGUCAACAGGCCCCACACUACAUCAGGUCACAGUCGCUGGAAGCUCGAGCCAUCAGGCUGGCAUGGGUGGGCAGGUCGCCCAACAGCAGCCUGGACAACCUGGUAAAAUGCCCAGCAAUAUUAAGACUAACAUCAAGUCUGCAUCUGCAUCCAUGCAUCCUUACAACCGAUGAGUUUCAUGCAUAAAUGCUGCAUUUUGUGAUACGAUGUUUGGUAUUUAAGACAAAAAAAGCAAUAAACGCAUUUUCAAUAAACGCAUUUUUUGAAAUAA